GAUUAGGGCGAGAUUAAUCGAAACCCUAGGCAGCGGCUGGAAUCCGGGCAUCUCCCAUCCCUUCGAGGCGUGCCGCUAUUUAAGGCGCUCCUCGCUGACCCCUCGCCGGCUACUCUGCCACCACCGCUUCCCAUCGCCUCCUUCCCUGACCACGGUGACAGACAGGUAUCGGUAUCAGUAAGCAUGUCGGACGAGGAACAUCAUUUUGACUCGAAGGCCGACGCGGGGGCUUCCAAGACUUAUCCGCAGCAGGCAGGAACUAUUCGCAAGAACGGGUACAUCGUCAUCAAAGGGAGGGCGUGCAAGGUCGUAGAGGUUUCAACCUCCAAAACUGGAAAGCACGGUCAUGCCAAAUGUCACUUUGUCGGCAUUGACAUUUUCAACAACAAGAAGCUUGAAGAUAUUGUUCCAUCUUCUCACAACUGUGAUGUUCCCCAUGUCACUCGCACUGACUAUCAGCUUAUUGAUAUCUCUGAAGAUGGUUUUCUUAGUCUGUUGACUGAAAAUGGUAACACAAAGGAUGAUCUGAAACUUCCAACUGAUGAAACUCUUCUUGCUCAAAUUAAAGAUGGUUUUGCAGAGGGGAAGGAUCUGGUGGUGACUGUCAUGUCUGCCAUGGGAGAGGAGCAGAUUUGCGCACUGAAGGACAUUGGUCCCAAAUAAGGAUUGCGGCUGCUUGUGACUUCGAGAGGAUAGACAUACCCAGCUAUCACAGGACCCCUUUUUAUCUUCUCGAUCUGAAGUGCCUACCUACUACAGCUUCUAUUACACACUUGAAAACCGAUAUUUUGUUUCGCUAUAUUUGACAUUGUUGUGCUGUUUAAAGGACAUGCUUUCUCCAACUGAGUGUUGUCAACGUCUGUACACAUGUUUACAGUGUUGGUAUUUACGCUAAAUAUCUGUGUUUAUUA